UUCCACUUGCACGCGGGGCUCCCAGGGACGCACGGGCCUCCGGGCACCCCUGAACCCCACCGCCGCCGCUAUGUUCGACUCGGAGCGCGGCUGGAAUCUGUCCUUCUCGGGGUGCGGCUUCCUGGGCAUCUACCACGUGGGGGUGACCCGCUGUCUGAGCGAGCGCGCCCCGCAUCUUCUCCAUGGUGCGCGCAAGCUGUUCGGCUGCUCGGGGGGCGCGCUGCACUGCGUCACGUUCCUGGCGGGGAUGCCGCUUGACCGUGUGAUUCACAUGAUCAUGAAACUGGCGCGCGUGGCUCGCAGCCGGCAGCUGGGCAUCCUGCACCCCGCCUUCCACAUGAGCCGCUAUCUCCGGACCGAGCUGCACAAGGACCUCCCGGACAAUGUCCACCAGCUGGUGUCGGGCCGGCUCGGCAUCUCGCUCACCAGGGUGGCUGACGGCAAGAACGUGCUGGUGUCCCAUUUCCGCACCAAGAAUGAUGUCGUGGAUGCCCUGGUCUGCUCCUGCUUCAUCCCCUUCUACAGUGGCCUCUUCCCUCCUUCCUUCCAAGGCGAGCGCUACAUGGACGGCGGUGCAAGCGACAACGUGCCCUUCGCGGACUCCACCACCACCAUCACGGUGUCGCCUUUCUACGGAGAGAUGGACAUCUGCCCCAAGGACAGGUCCACCAACUUCCUGUUCGUGGACUUCACCAAGCUCAGCAUGCGGCUAUGCACGCAGAACGCCUACCUCCUCAGCAAGGCGCUCUUCCCGCCCGACCUCAAGGUGCUGGCAGAAAUAUGCCUUCGAGGCUACCUGGAUGCUUUGAGGUUCCUGGAGGAGAAUGGCAUCUGUCACAGCCCCCAGCCUGACCUGAGCUUGUCCCCAGCCCCUGGGGGCCCCGAGAGCCUGGAGAGCCCAGAGAGCCUGGAGAGCCCUGAGCCUGCUGCCCCAGAGGCUGAGCCUGAGCCGGACGAGCUUCUGGAUCACCUGCGGGCCAACCUGCUGCCCUGGGACGAGCAAGUCCUGGAGACACUGUCACCCAAACUCACACAGGCCUUGCGCGAAGCCAUGAAGGAGCCAAGCGGGUACCUGAGCAAGAUACGCAGCUUCCUGCCCGUGAAGGUCUUGUCCUACAUAGUGCUGCCCUGCACGCUGCCGGUGGAGUCGGUCAUCGGGUUGGCCCAGCGGCUGGUGACGUGGCUUCCAGAUUUCUCGAAUGACAUCAAGUGGCUGAACUGGGCUGUCUCUCAUGUCUGCUCUCAGGUGCUCAAGCAUCUGGUUCCAGCAACCAGGUCCCAAGUGCCAGCCGAUGGCCAACAGCCUUCCCAGCACCGACUGGAUCCUGACCCUGUGGGGCACUGGCGCCCUCUCUGCCCUCCAACAGACCCUGAUGCCCACCCUGAGGACUGUCCAGUGGGCUCCAAGGCUGAGGCUGCCCAAUGUGCCAUGCUCCGGGCCAGCCUGACCCUGCUGAGUGGCAGUGUGCCUGUGGGAACCAGGGGAGACUCCUGCAGCCCCCUGUGUCCUAUGGAGACUUUUUGAGGCCUCGGGUGGCUGACGCACUUUCUCGAUGAGGGCCUGGGCCCCUCCUUGCGAGGCCAUUGUGGCCAUGACGUGCUUGCAGUGGCCCAGCCGAAUGGGCAAUUUUUCUGUGAUCAAAGCACCAGCUGCUGGAGGAAAUGAAAGAUCGAAUUUCUGGGUCUCGGCACAACUGGUCUGAGAGAGGCUCUAAGAUCUCCAGCCCAGCAUCCACUGGCCGGGGCUCUUCCUAACCCUUAGCCCCCCUGUGACUUUGAGGCUCCCAAUAUGGGGAUACUAGUCCAAUCUAGGGGGCUGGAAGAAGUGGGGUCCCCUUUGGAGGCUGAGCUGGGUGGGCAGUCAAUAUGGGACAGGUGGGACAGACCAGUGCCUUUGGUCUUGUCCUGAUAUUUGAUAGUUUUGUAUGAAAUCUGAGAUUCUCCUGAGGAUUUUGCACAGGAUGUGAGGUUGUAUUUCCGUGAGAGCUUCUUGGAACAGCCUUAAAAACAAAAACGCAGUGCACCAGAUGCUUUCUUUUUGUCUCUGUCUCUCUUUCUUUCUCUCAUAAACA